AUGCAAAACGUACGAGGUCGAGCUCGGAUGUUGGGACGACGCCAUGCCCGGGUGCAUUUCAAUUUGGGUGGCAGGCUUAGGCCAUCGACAUCACAUGAAAUUUUUCCAGAAGAUACAACACGCGACUCUAUUUUGAAACAAAUUUCAGAGGAUUCAUUGACAGCCGCUCGAAUUAGUCACGAGCAAUACUUACUGGAUGAUCUAAUCGAUUAUGUUGAAUCCUUGGUUGGCGAUGAAAACAAGUUACAGAUUAUCGUGAACAAAGAUAAUCAACAAUGGUAUGCGAAACAGCUAAGACAUAGUUUGUUAAACUGGAUUGCACGCAAUGAAACGGAGCUUCGAGAGAUCGAUGCAUUGGAAAGUCGAGUAAUGAAGCGUUAUUUGCAAAUAAAUCGUGAAAAUGGAUAUCUGCAACGCAUAUUCAGAGAUAUGAAAUGUUUCACAAAUUUAAUCAGUGAUAGUUUUAAAACUGUGGAGGUAUCGCCCGAGCCGACAUCUAUUGAUACCAGCAAAACACAAAGCUCGCUAACAGGUCACGAAAAUAAAGAAAGAGGGCUUUAA